GGAAGCCUCUUCCAUUACAAUGUGUUAGAACAUUUACUGCACAUACAAGACCUGUACAUACAGCAAAAUAUAAUUCGACUGGUGAAUAUGUGCUUAGUGGCGGGCAUGAUAAAUUAAUACGUCCGUGGAAUCCUGAAACAGGACUAAAUAUAAAAACCUAUUCAGGACACGGAAAAGAAAUAUUGGAUAUUAGUAUAACUAGUGAUCAUAGACGUUUUGUAUCGUGUGGUGGUGAUCAACAAGUAUUUUAUUGGGAUGUUUUAACUGGUAGAAUUAUUUCAUGUUUUGAUGGACAUUCCCAGCGAAUCAAUUCAGUUGAUUUCAAUUUUGAUGGAAGUGUAAUAGCUAGUGCAAGAUCACGAUCACCAAUUCAAAUAUUAAGUGAAGCUAAAGAUAGUAUCACAUCACUACAAGUUAAAAAUUAUGAAAUUGUAGCAGGAAGCACUGAUGAUAGUGUCAUAAGAUUAAUGGAUAAGGAGGAUGGUAGCAUGUUAAAUGAUUUUAAAGGUCACAAGAAUUCAACUUACAGGGUUAAUUCAUGUUUAUCAAAUGAUGAUUCUCAAAUUAUCAGCGGGUCUGAAGAUGGGUCUAUUUAUAUUUGGGAUUUGUUAAAUGGGGAUCUAUUAAAAAACAAUUGA